AUAUUAACGAUCCUGUGGCCUUGGUAGUAAGUUGUUGAAAAGUGUUCUAUAUUUUACACAUUUAUUCCACAUUAUGAAAUGCAGAGUUCCUCGCUUAGGACUGGGGAGAUAGAAGGUUGAGAGCUAUGUCAGUUUUGUAUACAAGUGCUGUUACUGACAUUACACACAAUAAAUGCACCACUGAAGCAGAAUAAAAUGAGCAUACUACAUCAGAUCAGUAUACAAGUGCUGUUACUGACAUUACACACAAUAAAUGCACCACUGAAGCAGAAUAAAAUGAGCAUACUACAUCAGAUCAGCACUGAGUAUUUCAAAACUACUCUACAUUCUGUAAAUAAACAUUAUAAUUCAUGCCACGUGUUAUGAACCAUAACCAAACAAAAAUAAUUUGUCAUGUCACAUCUCUGAUGAUGCAAUUUUAGCAGAAGAAACUAGAAUGUGUAAAUAAAUAGCAGCUCACUCGAACAUCAUGAGGGGACGCCCUUUUACUAUACCAGUUCUAAAUGUUUCAGCUUUCUACCCAGGUCUAUGCAUUUCAAAACGCAGACUAGCUUCUAGAGACGUCUGCGUGUCUGUAGUUCUGUCUAUUCUGGGCGGUGCUCUCUCUGUACAGCUUCCAUACUUCAUUGUUAUUCGGUUUCCUCAAAGAGGCUCAGCGGUAGUGCAGAUGUGAGGCGUGCUGCAGUCUUACCCACCACGCACGAAGGCUGACUGACUGAUUGACUGAGGAAGGAAGAGAAACGAACAAGCAGCAUGGCGGGGCUGCGCGAGCCGCCGCCGCGGAUUUACUGUAACGGCUGUCACUCGUCACUCAUGGUCUAUCGCUUGGUUCUGGGGGUUAUCCAUAUUCUUUUGUCCUGUUUUCCACAAGGAGAGGCGGACACACCAGGAUUUACUCCAGUUGUCAGAGUGGUGGAGCUUUGGCCAUCCGAAGAAGGCGAUGUGAUGCUUCACACUCAGUUCUUCGGCAAAUAUGCAUGCUGGGAAAAUCUUGUAUUUUCAGCCUCCAGUGCUAAAUUUUGGGUCGCAGCCCCUAGGACUUCCAAAAGCUGUGACUGUCUAUGCUUCCAAUCCAAGUAGGAGCAAUACAGUACAAGUAAAUUUGGUGUUUACUUCUGGGAGGCAUUUUCAUGUUCCUCCCGUACAUAAGGUUAUUCCACCAAGGGGAAAAGCUUCGUUUAGGGUCAUUUUCUUGCCCACAGAGGAAGGCACUACCGAAAAUGUUUUCUUUAUAAAUACCUCUUCUCAAGGAGUACUUCCAUAUCAGGUGUUUGGGACUGGUGUAUCCAGGGCUUUUGAAACUGUGGGUGACAAACUCUUCAGUAGUCACUUACUGUUCCCAUUCAUCCAGUUGUCCGAAGCACAGGAUGUUAGCAGCAGCAGCCACUUAGAGAUCGACUUUGAGACCAUUUCCCCUCUUGAAACCUCAGCGCACCUUCAGCAGCUCUGCUUUCUAGAAGGUAAUAAGGUACAUCUACGCAUCAACUUUGAUGAAGAAAAUGAAGCAGAUAAAAGACCGAUUAUGGAACUGAAGCAAAGUGUAUUAGAAAAUAUUUCUGUUAUUUUUUUGCUGACUGUUACUACUUCAGAUGAACCAGAAGCAAGUAUAUUUAUGUUAAAUUCCAAUACCAAGCCUGUUCACUUAAAAAAUAUACAUUUGUUUUCUCAGACUGGCACAGCAAUUGUUGACUUCCAACCAGUGCUGCUUCCCCUUUCAGUAUCUAGUUUCGUAAAAGUGUCUUCCAUUUUUUGUAAAGCGGCUGAGACUUGUGGCAAGAAAAACUGCUCAGAAGUGAAGAGUAACAUCUUUGAAGGCGGUCUCAUACUGAGUCGGUCCCCUUUGCUCUCCUUGAAAAAGUGGCUUAACCCAUCAAUGACAGAAUUCCGUAUUAAGAGUGUCCUGUCUGAAGCUGGUUUAUGGGAACUGUGGUUUACAGGAAACCUUGGUUUUGAUGCAACAAUAAAGGAGGUUAAAGUAGCAAAGGAAAAUGAUAUUUUGAAGAUUUUAAACUUCAAUCACCCUUUGACACUGACUUCAGGCUGCUGGAAUUUAUUGUCCUUGAAGCUUGAUUGCCAGAAUGCCCUGAAGAAUAUUUGUGUCAGUUUACUGAUGGUGAUAAGUACAGCAUUAACAAUUGAGAUACCUCUGGAAAUCCAUACCACCAAAUUCAAGGGGAAUGGAUGUGCUGGAAAGAUAACAUUGUGUGGCGCACAUAGUCAUUCUGGUGUGCCAGAUACAGGUCUCCACUGGAAAGAAGCUGGUCGUCUGGACCAGUUAACCUGGAAAACGGAUUAUGAGUUUGGAAAUGAACUGUAUGAAAGGUGGCAAAAAAGUAAAAACUGUGAAACUUGCUGGGAGAGGUUAUUUGGCAUUAAUAAACAUGUUCAGCAGAUGGUGCACAGUCAGUCACCAGCAGGACUUUCUUGGCCACAUCUUGUGGCUGACGUUGACUUGACACUAAACUUCAGUGCAACUGCACUUUGGAACAGAACGGUGAAGUAUUUUACACUGAAGAACCCUUCUGACCGUCCAGUUUCAGUACAACUUCUACCUCUUUCUCAGUACCCAGAACCCCUAGCUGUGGUGAAUCUGCUUAGCAAGUGGUAUGGUGUGGAUUUACAAGAUGUCGAUAUUUCAGCAAAUGAGUUCCGUCUGAUUAGAGAAUCUGUUUCCAAGGCCUCUUCUAAGGUGCAUGCUACCAUUAUAAAAAAUUCUACUCGGCUGUUGCUGCAGUUGACACUGCGACCAGGAGAAAGUAGAAAAAUUGGUGUCAGUUUCACACCAGUUGAGCCUAGAAGGGUAGCAUCCCUCAUAUUAAUUAGGAAUAACAUGACUGCUUUGGAUAUGAUCAUUGUGGAAGGUUUUGGUACCCAAGAGUCUCUUAAGGUUGGUGGAAGAGUGCCAGGCUCUGGAAGUUCUUUGCGUUUUAAAGUGCCAGAAUCUAACCUAUUGGAGUGCAGACACUCUCUGAAAGCCAGCAUGCCAAUUUUGUCAGUCAGAAAGAAUUUCAAAGUUGAGAAUGUUGGACUCCUUCCUCUGACAGUAACAUCUUAUAUAAUAAAUGGAUACAACUGCCAAGGAUUUGGGUUUGAAGUCUUGGAAUGCCAUCCCUUUUUUCUGGAUGUAAAUGCAUCUCAUGAAAUCAGUAUUGUGUUUACUCCAGACUUCACUUCAUCCUGGGUGAUCAGAGAGCUAACGUUAGUGACUGCUACAGGAUCUGAAUUUCCUUUUACACUCAACGUGACAUUACCACACCACUUAUUACCUCUGUGUGCUAACAGCGUACCAGGACCCAUCUGGGAGGAGUCCUUCUGGAUGCUUACUGUUCUCUUUGCAUGUUUGUCUCUAGCUGGUGUAGUUUUCAUAGCUUUUCAGCAAGCCCGUUACAUCUUGACAGAGUUUUCAACGUGUGAACAGAGGACAGGUCACAACUCCUUAGAGCAGCAGGAUUUGAAAACAGUGGAUACUCUCAGCUCCAUUACUCCCAAAGGCCGAGGCAGUUGUAAGGCAUUUGUGGAUGCCUGCAGUUCAUCGGACAGAAGCAAAGGAAAAGGAUCACUUUCUGUUGGUACCCAGUCUGGCAGGAGUCAAUGUGCAUCGAAAAGGAGUCCUGGAUCAUCAAGUCACUCUCAGAAAAAGAUCAAAUGCUCUGUUUAUUAUAGCAGGUUGAAGCCCAACAAUGCUUCAUCUAACACUGUGACUGCUGCUGCCAGUGAGCAGUGUCAACAGACUACUGAAAUUCAGGACUCCAGCUUAAGAGAAACUUUGUGUACUGAAGCUGCUCUUACUGAAAACUUGACUGACCUCAGCACUCGGGCAGUGGGCACUUUACCUCAAGAGAACAUUCCUGAAAAAAAAAGUAUUGCACUCAGUACUUUCCAACUAGAGUCUGCUUGUCUAGGCUGCAUGGGGGAACAGAAGACACUUACGUUUCCUAAGGAAACCAGUUCAGAACUUCUUGUGCCUUUAUCAGAGCUUGGAGAGCAGGAAAUGUGCACAUCUCUGGUAGCUAAAACUCAAGCUGAAAGUAAUGACUCACCAGACAUGCCUCAUACACAAAUUGCACUGCAGAACACUUCCAGACAUUGUGGAGGGUACAGGUCUCAAGAACGCAUGCACUUUGAGAAACAGGACUGUGAAAAAGUGAAGGAGCAAACAGUUUGUGAACCUUCAGUGGACAAAACGAGUCCAAGAGAAGAGAAACAGAACUGCUGUGAGAAACAGUCAUUCACAACAAAAGAGUGUCCCACAAGUGAAAAUGCUUACACAAAAAGAAAGUGUCAGCAGUCAAAUGAAAAAACAAACAUAAUCUCAAAGAAAAAUAGAACUGCUAGAAGGAACAGGAAAAGGAACAAUGACACAUUCCAUGGAGUUUCUGAACAGAACAGCUUGAAGCAAACCAAUGUGGAUGCUGGAAGACAGGAAACAAAAGCUCAUAACAGAAGACACAGGUGUCCAAAUGGUAACUGGGAAAUCAGCAACAUCGAAGUGGGAAAUACACAGAUGGAAAAAGGUUCUUUUUAUUUGCACAAGAAGAAGAGCCCUCUAGAAUGGUGUUCCUCAGAUUCCUGCUCUGAUUGUGGCAGUUCUUCGGGCAGUGUGCGAGCAAGUCGUGGCAGCUGGGGUAGCUGGAGCAGUAGCAGUAGUUCUGAAAUAGACAAGUGUGCUCAGAAAAGCAAAUCACUUUUCUUUCCAUCUGUUGAUCAGCAUGAGUGUGUUGCACAUAGUGGGUUUCCUUUUGGCACAUCCUUGUACCCUCAUCACAGCACAUAUGAUACAAGCUGUUAUGAGACAAGUCACAUGUAUCAAAGCAGCGAUUUGGAAUUCUCUGAUGCUAUACCUCAAACAUACCUCUGUCCUAGCUUUGCGGAGAUGAUCAUGGACCUGAAAAGAAACUCAGGUCUUUACACAACUGAAGAAACAUGGCUGACACAAACUGUUCCAUUCACAGAAGGUUUUGAGUACAGCAUGGACAAUAGUAUGGCGUUUAUCCCACCUGCAGAUCUUCACAAUGGAUGCACUGACUGGAUGAGUGCACAACAUCCAUAUACCACCAGCAUGUAUUGUCCAUUUGAACACAAUUAUACUUCAUUGCCUGAAGAUAAUGUUCAUUAUCAGCAUGGUUUUCCAGAUCCAGGUGUCUUGAAUGGAGCAUUAAUAGAUCAUGGUUGCCUACCCUUGUGGAGUGCAGACCACACUUCGGAUUCUUCUUCACCUUGGGAUCUGUCACAUUGUUCGAGCUCUUUACCAUACUUCUCAGGUACCAGAAGUCUGUCUCCAGUGUCUGAACUCUUUAGCUCCUCUAUUUGGGCUCCACAGAACGACUUGUAUGGAAACACUUACACUCCUCCACCCACUGCAUCUCGUUUGCCUCAUCUUGAUAAACAAGCCAUUCCAUGCAAGCAAGAGUGCCCCUCUGUGUUUGAUCCCUUCCAUACUUACAUGAACCUGGACAUUUGGACUAAUCAUAGUCGACAAAAUUCAAAUUCUCAACUUUCUUGUGAUUCUGGUUACUGUGGUGACAUCUAGAUUCAACGUGAUCUGUAUUUGCUUUUAAAAAUAAUGUGAAAAGGUCUUAACUGUUCUGAAUAUGAGGGAUACUUAGUUUUUGAAUAGAAUAUAUUUUUGGUGGUUUGCACUUUUUUUUAAAGAAAAUAAAACUUUUUUAUAUUGAG